CACGGCCAUCGCCCUACGCGUGGUGAAGAACAAGCAAGUGAACCUUCCAGUGUUCCUCUCGAUGCCUCUGCUAUGCCACACCCCAACUGGCGACGACCCAUUUUCCCGGUUCUGGAUUCGGUUCCGGCUCCGACUCUAGCACGAGCCCAGGGUAGCGGCGCUAGUCGCACUUACGAUGCACCCCAACGCCAACCCAACUACACGCAAGCUGCAAGGCAGUCCUUUAUUGCCCCUGACUGGAUCGGAAGCCAACAAGAGCAGAAUCUCACCCAGGCACAGAACCGGAUUCUCGACUAUGCCCUGAACCAGAAUUUCGGUUAUGGACAGGACCAUAAUUUCGGCUAUGGACAGGAUCAGAACGUCGCCGAUGGCCAAGACCAGAAUGUCGUUUAUGAUAACAAUCAGAACGUCGGCUACGCCCAGGAUCUGAAUGUCGGCUAUGGAGAGGACCAGAAUCUUGGUUACGUCCAAGGCCAGAUUCCUGUCUAUGGCCAAGAUCAGAAUCUCGGCUAUGGUCAGGACCAAACCCAGGGCUAUCCACAAUACGUGAGCCCCCAAGAUGUCUGGGGCCCUGGCCAGAAUCAAGUCAUGCCACAAGCUCAGGAUGAGCAGACCUCCCACAACGAACAGGCUCAGGUGUGGGACCCCGCCGCUGUUGGCGACGCUUGGGACGGAGCUGAUCUUUAUUACUACGAGGAACCUGAGAAUGAGUGAAGGGAGGACAAAAGGUGACAGUACCUGACUGUCAUGGAGGCUGAAUAAGGGUUACUCAUCGGGGAAAUUUGGUUUUCGGACUGGAGGUUCCACCGUGCAUCACGACAAGUGUCGCUGAUCACUAGGCGGUCUUGAUAUCUUCGCCUGGCGGCAGCAAGUGCUAUCCGCCAGCACGAAGAUAGAAUGGUAUGGUUUCGAGGAUUUCAUUUCAGAAAAAGUCAUUGCUAGAGUUCGACACUGAACAAUUGCAAGACC